AUGGAACCACUACCGAAUAAAAUUCUUCUUCAUAUCUUUUCUUAUCUAACAUGUCAUUUUGAUGGAACAUAUUCAAUUGCUUGUGGUCUUAGUUAUGAAUUGUUGUUUAAUGAUAAAAAAAAACUUGGUUUACCUAAUCUUAAAUCACUUAUUCUUACUCGAUUUAUAUCAAUUGAAUCAGUAGUUCAAAAUUUAUGUUAUCUUAUUGAACAUCAAUUAGAUGAAUAUACAUUAACAUUUCAUCACCAAGUGUUCAGACGAGCUUUUUAUGAAAAUACACAUUCAUCAAUGGCUUCUGAUAUAGGUAAUCAAUCGUUUAUUUGA